CAUUAAUUCAUUGAACUUGACGUUAGAUAAUAUUGAUAUAUAUGAAAUCCGAAAAGUGAUUUAACCGAAGUUGUGAAAGAAGAGCCGAACUGCCGAAGUCACACUUGAUAAUAACACGGCUGUGGUGGCGUGUGGUGUAAUGGGGAAGAUUGAGGUGCGGCAGUUGGUGCAGGGCGUUCCCUUUGCCACAGCAGUCUUGGCUCGAGCCCCUCUGAGUUGGUCUGCCGAUAACAACAUUGCUCUCGUCACCCAGCAUGGUGUCUACAUUUUGGAGGUAACCCUGUCCCCUGAGGAGUGCACGCCAGCACUGAUGUUAACACGCUUCUUCCUGGCAGCUCCUGAUGCCCAGUCCUCCAAAGUCCAUCCAGACAUCGACCUGACCACCGUGCUGCAGACAGUAGAUCAUGUCACCGGCCACGCCAUGAUGAUGGAUGCCAUGCUGUCGGCCAACCAGCGGGCCGAGGUGGAGCAAGACCCUCGCUACUCUCGCAGUAGUGUGUCCUGCAUGCCUAGUGGUGAGGCCACCCACAGGGGCUACCAGCAGGGCGUGUGGUCUCCUCAGGGGAUUGGACAGCAUGGGAGGUGUGUGCUGGCCCUGCUAACCACAAACUACAAAGUGACUCUGGUGGGGCGGACAAACAGGUACUGGGGGGAGCUGGCAAACCUCUCCUCACAGUGGCUCAAGUACUGUUCAGAUGAGGCCUGGCAGAGAGUCAAAGUUCCAGAGGACAGCCCAGUGCACAUCCAGUACAAAGCACGAAUGGCAAUGCUGGCCAUCUGCAAACUGGUGUGGACGUCAAUGUGUGAAGGGGAGGGUGGCAAGUACUGCAUGCUGAUUGGGUUGACGGAGGGAGGCCAUGCAGUGUUCUGGCAUGUGGCAACAGGCUGCACCUCCCAAGACCAAGUCAAGUUAUUGAGUGUACAAGAGACAGACAUGACGCAGAUCAAAUCAGCUCACUGGCACACUACUGGAGAUAACUGUGGCUAUUUGACCCUUGGGAACAGUCAGGGACAAGUAAAGAUCCUAUGCUGUGAGUUCAGCCACGAUCACGCUCUGCUGAGAGACUUAGGCUAUGCUUGGGAAAAUGCUGACAGAAUGAUUGUUAACCAGACCGAGUUAUGUCCCAUUGAGGAUGACCAGUACCUUCUACUCUCAGCCAAACACAAUAUUCUGCUGGUAUUGUCAAUUUCCCUCACCACACACCACCUUGCUGUCAACCACACAUCACACACUUUUAUUGGAGACCUUGAAAUUUCAGGUCUUCUGGUGUUUGAUGACUUCAAUGUAUAUGCAGCAGCAAAAGAUGGCUUUGUAAAACAUGUCUCCAUAAAGGUGCUGAAUGAUGGAAGUACAAACAUUGAACCACACGAUGCCAUCUUUCAUUCCGAGGGGGUCACUUACUCAGACCUGGUGGCCUCUCCCAACAAGGCAAUGGUCUGUGUGUUUGAGUCCAUCCGAGUGGCAUAUGACCAUCUGAUAGAAAGAGAACCAACACUCAUCAACAUCUACAGGGUGGUGGAGACUGCCAAGAUGGUGGACUGGGUGCUGGAAAGUCCACUGCCACUCCACCUAAUUGCUGAUGUGUUUGAGAGUCUGAGGAUAUCAGUUUGCAAGGCUGGACGGUCUUCCCUUAAAGUCCUUCAGGUUGAUGAGAUUCCUAACCAGUCACUGCAGAAACUCAAGGCGCAUUUCUGGCUGGUGAAGAUAUCCAAGAGUGUGGCAUCCUCCAAUGAAGCUCUUCUAGAAACACUGCACACUCUCUCCCUCAUGUGUGACUGGGUGAAGAAAGAUGGAAAGCAAGCUGUCAGAAGAACUGUGGAGCCGCUUGCCAAAAGACUGGAGAAGAGCAAGAGAGAGCAGUGUCCAGUGUGCAGAGCGCCGGUGCAGCUCAAGUGGCUGACUCACGGUCAGUGUGGCAAUGGUCACACACUGCCUCGCUGCUGCCGAACACUCAUGCUGACGGAACCAUCCAUCCUGUGUUCCCGAUGUAGAGUGUAUGCCCACGUGGAUGCCAAAGACAUAGUUGAGGAGGAUGCCUACAUAUGUACCUAUUGUAGUGGUCCUAUGGUGAGUGAGCUCAACAGAAGGAUAGCCAGGAAGCAGCAGGAGUGAGCUGUGCUAAGAUUCUACAGGAGCUAUUAUGUUGAGGGAAUGUUGCCUUGUCUCCCACUCACUCCUUAUAGAGCUACUGUUGUACCUGUCUGCAGCCUGACCAGCAGCACUGGGCUUGUAAUUUUGUCUGUUCACAUGAGCCAUAUGUUGCACUGUUCUUGUCUGUAUGGGAAAAAAAAGACACCUCCUGAUUGAAGGAAUAAUCAAUAAAGCUUUUUUUUAUAUA